AUGGCAAUCUAUUCAUCAGUCCCGCCACCCGCACAACAGGCUUCCGGUUUAGCAGGUCCAGAUAUCGAAGCCUGGACGGUGUCUGCUUUAGAGUCACUCAAUGUUUCUCCCACUGCUCGCGGUACUGGAGUUACACUCUCCAUUCCUCUUGAACAGGAUGAGCUUCCCAAAGACGCGACACCCUCGAGGCCCGUUGCCUACAAACCUCGCAAAGAACUUUUGAAACGCGAUAGCCAAAAACACAGAGAGACAUUGCUGAGGGGAAAGGAGGGCAGUCGUAGACGCCAAAGAUGGGAGAACGAUCAUCUUCUCCAUGUUCCAAAUGCUCAACCACCACUUCCAAGUGACUGGGAAGUUCGCCCGACCUACCCCGUUCAUCACGUACCGUAUUACUUGGCUCCUUUGUGGGAUGCGGGUGUUCGUCAUCGAGCUGAGGAAAUUGCUGCCGAGAAGAAAUUGGACAAAGCAAGAAAAUCUGGCAGCUGUGAGGAGAGAGGUCGUGUCCCGCAAGAUUUGAGGCAGAAGCUCAAGAAGAGCAAGGGAGCUAAGAGUCUUUUGCAAGACUUGGAGGAGGAGGUGAGAAAGUUCGUGCAAGAAUACGAAGGAAAGCAGAGAAUCCUAGGACAGAUGAAGGAAGAUGAAAUGGAUAGUGAGGAUGAAGAGAUUGUGUUCAUUGGAAGAAAUGGCACAAUGAGUGAUGAACAACGGAAUCUAGUAGAAGAAGAGUUACAAAGAGAAAAACUGGUCUUCGAUUCAUUAGCUGACGAUACAGGGGCAAGCUUCGGACGCUGGCUUGUCCAUUCUAUUGCAUCUUACUAUGGUCUCACUUCUCGAUCUAUCACAGUUGGCGAUCCCGCUCGUCGUGAGGCCUAUGUCGGUAUAAAGGAAAUGGGUACAGGUGGACAGGUUUCUCGUCUUCAAUCAGACCUCCCCCGUCCAUUGUGGGGAAUGAUCUGA